GUGUGCUAUAAGCGAGUAGGAUAUCCAUCAAAAGUAAUAAGACAAUAUUAAUUAUAUGAGUUUUGUUCAGACGCAGGCAAUCAUGGUCGUGGUAAAAUAUAUCUUGCUCUUAACAGAGAUUUUAUUGCUUAUAUUUAAAAUUCUACAUUGUAUUUUCAACGAUGUAUACAGAUUAAUCAGGCCAACAAAAGAAAAGAGUGUAGCUAAUGAAAUCGUUUUGAUAACAGGUGCAGGUCAUGGUAUCGGAAAGGAAUUAGCAAUCGGUUAUGCUUCGUUAGGAGCAACAGUGAUAUGUUGGGAUAUCAAUGAAGAAACAAACAAUGAAACAAUGAACGAUAUUAAAAAAAAACGAAAAGACUCUGUGUAUGCGUAUCGAUGUAAUGUAGCAGACAGAGAAGAAGUUUUCAGAGUAGCUAAAAAAGUAAAAGAAGAAGUAGGUGACGUUACUAUCUUGAUUAACAAUGCUGGCAUAGUGUUUAUUAAAUCAUUUCUGAAUCAAAGUCCUGAUGAAAUUGCACGAGUCAUAGACGUCAAUGUGACGGCGCAUUAUUGGACAUUGAAAGCAUUCUUACCUAGUAUGAUCGAAAAGAAUCAUGGUCAUAUUGUGUCGGUUUCAUCUUUAGCAGCACUUUUGAGUUUCCCUAUGGGAACAAUUUACUGUCCUUCAAAAUCCGCAGUUCAAGCAAUCAUGGAAGCUAUAUUGUUACGUAUAUUAAGUAAUGGAAAAUCAGCGAUUAAAUUUACAACUAUUUAUCCGUUUUUUGUACGUACCGGACUUGUUAAAAACAUACCUAUCAGGUUUUCAUGGUUAACACCUGAAGUUUUACCGCAAGAAGUGGCUUCGUCAAUAAUUAAAGCGCAAAGACGAAAUUAUGAAAAUCAAAGUGUACCUUCAUAUUGGCUACCUGUUUCUAAGCUAGGAAAAAAUUUACCUGAUACAGGAUUAAAAUUCAUAAAAGAUCUUGUCCUUGAUUAUAAUUCAUUUUGA